AUGUACGCAGAUUUGGAAGAGGCCCGCUCUCGACGUGGCGGGCGCCGGCCUUCUCGAGGCUCCGAACUGGACGACGAACGAAGCGCCCGGUCGAGCCACGAAGAUGACGGUUCUCGGUCGCGAGAAAAGGAGCUGGCAGAACAGCUUCGCAAGCGUGCUCAGGCUUCACGCUCAAGUGGCCUCAAAGACGACGCUGCUCGCGGGCGAAAGCGCUCGCCGUCUGCUUCGAGUCGAUCUUCCCGCGCUUCUUCUCCAGGAGCUCGAUCCAACGGUCGCAGUCGCACUCGAAGCCGCAGUCGCAGUCGGGACAGCACGUAUAGCAGAAAGAGUCACCAUUCCAGGAAGAGCGCUUCGCGAGCGGAUGACGAGGCGGAGGAGCGCAGAAAGAGACGCAGAGGCGAGGACAUCUCUCGUCGGGAACGAGACCGAAACCGAGAUCGCGCGGAAGACGAUGACGACGAGGGUGCACGCGAACGACGCCGUCGUCGAAGCGACAGACAUGAAGACCCUGUAGCUUCUACUGACCACCAUCGACCUAGCCCGGCUCCUUCUUCCAGUCGUGCAGACCGCGACCGACACGAUUCCUACUAUGACGAUCGUCGCUACGGCCGCAGUCAUCCACAACGCGGCGGUCGCUACGAAGAUGAUGCCCGCCGCCCAGUGCCAAGACGCCGCGGUCGCUACGACAGCCCGACUGUUUCGGUUCGAUCUCGCCACACUCCCAGUCCAGAAAUCGACGACUACGAAGAGCGUUCUGUAUUUUGCAGCCAGCUCUCGGCGCGGUUGGGUCAACGUGAUCUUGGAGAAUUUUUCGAGGACCAUCUGGGAGAAGGCGCUGUGCAGGAUGUGCGUAUCGUCAUGGAUCGUGUAACGCACCGUAGCAAGGGCGUCGGCUACGUCGAGUUCGCGGCUCGUGAACUGGUGCCCAAAGCGAUUGAGCUGACGGGCAAGAUCCUCUUUGGCCUCCCCAUCGUUGUACAAAGGACGGACGCUGCUCGUAGCGGUGGCUCUAACCCGGGGGCAAGCGAUGCAGGCGGUAGACAUGCCAUGGCACCGCAUCCAGCUGUCCCAGCCACCCAGCUGGACCCUCGAGUCGUGGCAAGCGCACCUUUGCCCAUGCAGUAUCACACGGCUGGAGCCCCCAUCCAUCUCAACGUUGUAAACCCUACUCCUCGGGCACCUCGUCCUGGUCCCAACAUGCCCAACACCGAGGCGAGGCUGUACGUCGGCAGCCUGCACUUCAGUCUCACGGACGAGAACGUCAAAUCCGUCUUUGAACCGUUCGGUGAGAUCGAAUACGUUGACCUGCAUCGCGAACCAGGAACGGGCAAGAGCAAAGGGUUCUGCUUCAUCCAAUUCAAGCACGCGGAAGACGCAAAGAGGGCACGAGAGCAGAUGAACGGCUUCGUGCUCGCCGACAGAGCUAUCAGGGUCGGCAACGUCAACGCCAAGGGAUCUGGUGGAGGCUCGUCGUACACAAACGGAUCUGGUCAAGACCCUCAAGGUGGCGGCCACUUGCCGCAGCUCACUUCGGCGUUCGACGAUGGCGGAGGCGCCGGUCUCAAUCCGGAACGACGUGCGGCGCUGAUGGAGAAGCUUGCUCGCAACAACGAGCCAUCUCCGUCAUCUGCCGAGGCUACGACGGCGGCGGCGGCGCAAGAGCGUCCAGCCGGAAUCCCCGAAUCGACUUCUACCUCGUUGCUUCUCAAGAACAUGUUCAACCCAGCAGAAGAGACAGAACCGGAUUGGGACACCGAUCUCGCUGAGGAUGUCAAGGACGAGUGUCAGGCCAAGUAUGGACCUGUGGCGAGCAUCCACGUCGAGAAGGAGUCCGCGGGCGAGAUCUACAUCACCUUCGCUAACCUUGACGCUUCCAGGAAAGCUCUCGACGGUCUCAACGGACGAUUCUUUGGCGGCAAGCCGAUCAGUGCACAAUAUAUUCCCGACGCUUUCGUUCAAGCCAAGCUAGGUUGA